CGGACGUCAGCCCCGGCCUCUGACUCCACGCGGAGGGUGUCUGUGAGAGACAGGCUGCUUGUGAAAGAUGCCCUGUGUGAGCUGCCAGACUGGAGUGUGGCCCUGGGAGGGGCUCAGAGGACCUGGUAUUGAUGUCCUCGGAGUGGGUAGCACUGCGGCCUCAGCCCACCUUUGCCCUUUUCUUUAAGGUUGCCGAGCUUGAAGCUAAUUUACCGUGUACGUGUAAGGUGCAUUUUCCUGACCCGAACAAGCUGCACUGCUUUCAGCUGACUGUGACCCCAGAUGAGGGUUACUACCAGGGUGGAAAAUUUCAGUUUGAAACUGAAGUUCCUGAUGCGUACAACAUGGUGCCUCCCAAAGUGAAAUGCCUGACCAGGAUCUGGCACCCCAACAUCACAGAGACAGGCGACAUCUGUCUAAGUUUACUGAGAGAACAUUCGAUCGAUGGCACCGGCUGGGCUCCCACAAGGACAUUAAAGGAUGUUGUUUGGGGAUUAAACUCUUUGUUUACUGAUCUUUUGAAUUUUGAUGAUCCACUGAAUAUUGAAGCUGCCGAGCACCAUCUGCGGGACAAGGAGGACUUCCGGAAUAAAGUGGAAGACUACAUUAAGCGUUACGCCAGAUGAUAGGAGGAGGAGCCGGUGGGGCUGUGGACUGUGUGUUGUAGGCUUGUCCCCAACCGCAACCGGAGGGUGCCUCCUCCCCAGCCCUCGCGCUCCCUGCCCCCGGGGUCGUCCGCAUCCUGUGACCACGCUGUCCCGAGGAGGAGCCUCUUCACGACUGCCCAUUGUAGAUGGAGAGUCCCACAUAAAUACAGCAGGAAAAUGUGUCUGGGGUUCUAAAGAGUUGUCUGCUUCCCUUAACAUGUUUACUGUUCGGAAACUGUACUGUAUAGGCUGUUGACGAGACUCCUGAGAAGCUGUCAUGAACUCAGAACUGAGGCUAGCGCUUGCUUCUUCCCUCUUCCCAGAGCCCUUCCCUGCACAAGCGAUGCUGAUGAUGUGCUCAGUGUAGCCCCCGGCUGGGCGGGGAGAAGCCCGCCGCACACUGUGAGGGAAUGCGGAUCCGCUCAGCCCCUCCUGCCGUGUCGGUCCUGCCUGGAUGUCUGAACCUGCCCAGAAUGCACAUCACUCACUGUAGAUCUCUUACCGAAAUGCGUAUUUUAUUUAAUGUAAGUAUAUUUUGGAACAGAUUCGUAAUUUGUACAAUUUAAUGCUUUAAUUAUUUUUUUCUAUCCUCAUUUAGUUUGUAUUUUCAUUGUAUAGAGCAGACAGGAAGAUAUUGGGGAGAAAUACAAAGAAAAUAUGAAAGACACAUUAUUCCUUCUGUACAAAUGAAACAAGAAUUUGGCUUUUAAAAAUCAGCUCUUUUGGGUCCAGACGGGGCCCUUUGAAGCUAGAUCAGGGUGAUUGGAAACAGAAGGCGGGGAGCCCUGGCUCACCUGGGGCCCUGACCCACGUGUCCGCACUGGUUUUGUGGUUGUGAGCCAGCCGGCGGUGCCGGAGAGCCGGACCCUCGUGUCCGGAGGGAGCCGGCCCACCAGUGUCCGAUGUCACUGAGACCGGGCCUGUGGCCUCCCUCGUUUGCUGUGGUUCCGGGCCAGCCGUGGGGAGCCUCCUGGGGCCUCGCAGGCCUGGGGCUCAGCAGCAUGCGGCCAGACACGCCAGGCCAGUGCCCUCCGGAGGAAGAGAGCCAAGGAGGCAGCUGGGUUGACUCUAGCCUUUAGACCUCUGGAGCAGUGAGAUCAAGUGUGAAAUAAACGUGUGUGUGGUUUUCACCUGCAGCCUGCCUGGCACACUCCAGUCUAACGGACAGCCUCCUCUGCCCUCCAGAUCCCCCUCUGCCACCCGCCAGCCUCGUUUCUUUUCCGGAUUUAUGACGCGGUCUCUGAGUCUGAGAUCAGUGCGGCCUGGAGGUCGGCAGGGAGGGAGAGUAGGCCGGGCUUCCCGUUCGUAGUCCCGAUUUGGGCCCGUUAGAGGGGCCCCGACUAGUCGGCCACCCCUCUGGCGCACAGAGCGGGAAGAGCGGGGCUGGAUCGGGGGCACGGUGGCGUCAUGGAGGCUCGGGGCCCGGGAGGAACACCCCAGUAGCCCUACUUCCCGGGGCCUCGAAGAGGCACUGAAGCUUACGCACUUUAACUGGCGCUCGGCCCGGGGUCACAGGGACCUGGUCGGCAGGACCUGGGGCAGAUCAGCAGCUGGUCUGCCCGCCAGCCCUGUGACCCCGGCCACACGGUUCUGUGCCUGGGCGACCCCAGGCCUGAGUCAUGACGCCUCUCCCGGUGCUCCGGGCUGCUGCCGGGCUGCAUGGCUGGUGGUGCAGGUGGAGGUGAAAGAAAUGGUGCGGCGCCCACCGUUGGAAAGAGCGCCUCUGGCCAAGGCUGGGAGGCACAGCUGCUAAUGUGAGCUGGAAAUGUUUGCACAGCAGAAAAAUACUUCGCUUAUCAGAGAUCUAAGUCCUCAGAGAUGACCUUUCCACGUGGCCAGUCAUCCCUGUCUGACCCAUGGGAAUCCCUCAGAGGCCUCCCCUGCCCCCAUCUCGGUAAGGCGCGCACCCAGCCCAGCCACUGCGGUGGGGAGCCAGUCCUGCACUGGGAACGUGGCCGCUGGGGCCCGUGGCUUUUGGUGGCCACAGAACCCUACUUGCUGGCUUUUGGUUUCUGGGCGUCCCCUCCCCACUCGGGUCAAAGUAACAGUUCUGACUCAAUUCCGCCACUUGUGCUCCACCAAGCCGAUGAUAAAUAGUGAUUUCUGAUCUGUCAGAAGGGUUUCCUGAGGCAGCCCUGGGGUCAGAUGGCAUGGGGCGGGCCCUGGGGACAUGAGGCUCCCGGCCUCGCUGACGUCUGCUUGGGUCCCCUCUGAGGCCUAGGGUUUGGAUGUCAGCGGCAUGUUUUCCAGGCGCACUUGGAAACCGCUUCUGGGUAGACCUGUCGGAAGGGCAAGGCUCCCAUCUCUCCCCUUCCCUCAAGCACACCACCUGCCAGUCCCCUCGCUCCGCAGUCUUUCUAAAGAGGCCAGGGCCAGAGUGCCACAGGUGUCACGUGCUGGUCUCCUGGCUGUGUCACUCCACCCACUGAACCUGUGCUGGCCCACGGAGCGGCGUCCUGGGCUCCGGUGAAGUCACCCUGCUUUGCUUUUUCCGCUGAGAGCCUUAGAGGGCCGUGGAUGGUUUCUGCCGACUGCAGUCGAAGCCCGCUUGUGCGCUGCUAGAGAACCUGCCGGGCGGAAACUCACGUGGAAGCUCUGUAAGGGCGGCUCGGACGCUUGCAGGAGCUAAGACAGUUUGAACGUAUGGUCUUUAACAGGAACGCGGUACCUUGGUGUUCGCUAGUUUAAAUCUUUCAAAAGAUGUCAUGCAGAUUUUCCUCUGCCCCGAGUUCCUGGCCCAGCCCCUGCCCUUCCAUGAGAGGCCCCCAUGGGUGCAGAAGGCGACAGCCGCCACCCUCCCUGAUUCCGCUGGAGCCGGGCCAGCAUCAGCAAAGCCUCGGGCCCCCUGGUGGCCAAGCCAGCGUGCCUUCCUCUUGGGACAGCAGGGAGACCGGCCUGGGCUCCGGAGCGCAGCACAGAAAUCCCGGAGCGCAGCACAGAAAUCCCGGAGCGCAGACUUGAACUCCUAGGCGGUGGGCUCCCGGAGGACAUGUCCCACUCUUCCCUGGGGUAACCCUCACUCCCACCCCCGCCCCCAUUCCUUAAAGAACGGCUCUGAAGAAAAUCACAAAUUCCUAUUCCGUCAGACUUUUUCCCCAAGUGGACAGUCACAAUCACCCAGAAUAUGUAUUAAUGUAGAAUCCCAGCCACCUGCAGCCUGUAACAAGACUCCUUUCUCCGCUCGGGCAGCCUGUCCCGGUUUUGUGUUCACUUUCAUUCACUUAAAAAGUGUUUGACCUUGGGAA